CUAAUGCAAAGUAUAUAUUGCAGAAUUCAAUUAGGUUUCCAAUCACAAUUUUUGAGAAACUUCGUCAUGUUAAUUUUUUUUCCUGGUAGCCAUCUCCACCACAUGGAACCAGUGAAUGAUACACAAAUUUCAGAAUUUCUUCUUCUGGGAUUAUCAAAUGAACCAGAACUGCAACCUCUCAUAUAUGGGCUUUUCCUCUCCACGUACCUGACCACUGUGUUCGGAAACCUGCUCAUCAUCCUGGCUGUCAGCUCAGAUACCCAUCUCCACACCCCCAUGUACUUCUUCCUCUCCAACCUGUCCUUUGUAGACAUCUGUUUCAUCUCCACCACCAUCCCAAAGAUGCUGAAUAAUAUACAGACACAGAGCAAAGUUAUAACUUAUGAAGGCUGCAUCACCCAGAUAUACUUCUUCCUAUUCUUUGCUGCACUGGAAAACUUCCUCCUGACUGUGAUGGCCUAUGAUCGCUUCAUGGCCAUCUGUCAGCCUCUCCACUACAUGGUUAUCAUGAAUCCCCGGCUCUGUGCACUGCUGGUGCUGGUGUCCUGGGUGAUGAGUGCCCUGAAUUCCUUAAGCCAAAGCUUAAUGAUGUUGUGGCUGUCCUUCUGUACAGACGUGGAAAUCCCCCAUUUUUUCUGUGAAAUUAAUCAAGUGGUUCGACUUGCCUGUUCUGACACAUUUCUGAACGACAUGGUGAUGUAUUUUGCAGCUGGGACGUUGGGUGGUGCUUCCCUCACUGGUAUUCUUUACUCAUACUCUAAGAUAGUUUCCUCCAUACGAGGAAUGUCAUCAGCCCAUGGGAAGUAUAAAGCAUUUUCUACCUGUGCAUCUCAUCUCUCAAUUGUUUCCUUAUUUUAUUGUACUAUCUUAGGAGUGUACCUUAGCUCCACAGGUACCUACAGCUCACACUCAAGUGCAAUCGCCUCAGUGAUGUACACAGUGGUCACACCCAUGCUGAACCCCUUCAUCUACAGUCUCAGAAAUAAAGACAUAAAGAGGGCUUUGAAAAGAAUCACUGGAAUGUCAGUUAUAUAAGGUCCAAUUGUCCUGGGGCUGAAGAAAUACUCAUGAUUAUAGGGCUCAAAACCUCAGAAGCAGAAGGUGCUAUUCUUCCUUUUUUAAAAUUUACUUGAGUGAAGUAUAGUUGAUU